AUGGCCCGCGAGCCCGGCGGGGACCCGGCGGCGACGGCGACGGCGGCGGCGGCCGUGCUGGCGCGCCCGGGCUGCCCGGGCCGGGCCGGGGCCCCGCGGCCGCCCCGCUGGCUGCUCUGCCUGCUGGCGUGCUGGCUGCUGGGCGCCCGCGCCCGCGCCGACUUCUCCAUCCUGGACGAGGCGCGGGUGCUGGCGAGCCAGAUGCAGAGACUGUCGGCCGAGGAGCUGGGGGUCGUCACCAUGCAGCGGAUAUUCAAUUCCUUUGUUUACACUGAGAAAAUAUCCAAUGGAGAGAGUGAAGUACAGCAGCUAGCCAAGAAGAUCCGAGAGAAGUUCAACCGGUACUUGGACGUGGUGAACCGGAACAAGCAGGUGGUGGAGGCGUCCUACACGGCUCACCUGACCUCUCCCCUCACUGCCAUUCAGGACUGCUGCACCAUCCCGCCAUCCAUGAUGGAAUUCGAUGGGAAUUUUAAUACCAACGUGUCUAGAACCAUUAGUUGUGACCGACUUUCCACUACUGUGAAUAGCCGGGCCUUCAACCCAGGACGAGACUUAAAUUCAGUUCUCGCCGACAACCUGAAGUCCAACCCUGGGAUCAAGUGGCAGUACUUCAGCUCGGAAGAAGGCAUCUUCACUGUCUUCCCGGCGCACAAGUUCCGGUGUAAGGGCAGCUAUGAGCACCGCAGCAGACCCAUAUACGUCUCCACCGUCCGGCCCCAGUCCAAGCACAUCGUCGUCAUCCUGGACCACGGGGCCUCCGUCACCGACACCCAGCUGCAGAUCGCCAAGGACGCCGCCCAGGUCAUCCUCAGCGCCAUCGACGAGCACGAUAAGAUCUCCGUGCUGGCCGUGGCGGACGCCGUGCGGACUUGCUCCCUGGACCAGUGCUACAAAACGUUCCUGUCUCCCGCCACCAGCGAGACCAAGAGGAAGAUGUCCGCCUUCGUGAGCAGCGUCAAGUCCCUGGACAGCCCCACCCAGCACUCGGUGGCCUUUCACAAGGCCUUCCAGCUCCUUCGCAGCACCAGCAACAGCACCAGGUUCCAAGCAAACACAGACAUGGUCAUCAUCUACCUGUCCGCCGGCACCACAUCAAAGGACUCUCCGGAGGAAGAUAAGAAGGCGACGCUGCGUGUCAUCAACGAGGAAAAUAGCCUCCUAAACAACUCCGUAAUGAUCCUCACCUACGCCCUCAUGAACGAUGGGGUGACUGGUUUGAAAGAGCUGGCUUUCCUGAGAGACCUGGCUGAGCAGAACUCGGGGAAGUACGGGGUCCCGGACCGGACGGCCUUGCCCGUGAUCAAGGGCAGCAUGAUGGUGCUGAACCAGCUGAGUAACCUGGAAACCACCGUGGGCAGGUUCUACACCAACCUUCCCAACCGCAUGAUCGACGAAGCCGUCUUUAGCCUCCCCUUCUCUGACGAGAUGGGAGACGGUUUAAUCAUGACCGUGAGCAAACCCUGUUAUUUUGGAAACCUCCUUCUGGGGAUCGUGGGUGUGGACGUGAACCUGGCUUACAUCCUUGAAGACGUGACUUAUUACCAAGACUCCCUGGCUUCCUACACGUUUCUCAUCGAUGACAAAGGAUAUACCCUCAUGCAUCCAUCUCUUACCAGGCCCUACUUACUCUCAGAGCCUCCUCUUCAUACUGACAUCAUUCACUACGAAAAUAUCCCCAAAUUUGAGCUGGUGCGGCAAAACAUCCUCAGCCUCCCGCUGGGCAGCCAGAUCAUUGCCGUGCCGGUCAAUUCGUCCCUGUCCUGGCACAUCAGCAAGCUGCGGGAAGCUGGGAAGGAGGCCUACAACGUGAGCUACGCCUGGAAAAUGGUGCAAGAUACUUCAUUCAUUCUCUGCAUUGUUGUGAUACAACCGGAAAUCCCUGUCAGACAGCUGAAGAAUCUCAACACCGUCCCGAGCAGCAAGCUGCUCUACCACCGCUUGGACCUCCUGGGGCAGCCCAGCGCCUGUCUGCACUUCAAACAGCUGGCGACCCUCGAAAGUCCCACCGUCAUGCUGUCGGCCGGCAGCUUCUCCUCCCCCUACGAACACCUCAGCCAGCCGGAGACGAAGCGCAUGGUGGAGCACUACACCGCCUACCUCAGCGACAACACCCGCCUCAUCGCCAACCCGGGCCUCAAAUUCUCUGUCAGGAAUGAAGUCAUGGCGACCAGCCACGUCACAGAUGAAUGGAUGACACAGAUGGAAAUGAGUAGCCUGAACCCGUACAUUGUCCGCCGUUACAUAGCAACGCCCAAUGGUGUCCUCAGAAUUUACCCGGGCUCCCUCAUGGACAAAGCAUUUGAUCCCACUAGGAGACAAUGGUACCUGCACGCCGUCGCUAACCCCGGCCUGAUUUCUCUCACUGGCCCUUACUUAGAUGUCGGAGGAGCUGGCUAUGUCGUGACCAUCAGUCACACGAUUCAUUCUUCCAGCACCCAGUUGUCUUCCGGGCACACCGUUGCCGUGAUGGGGAUUGACUUCACACUCAGGUACUUCUACAAGGUCCUGAUGGACUUGUUACCAGUCUGCAACCAAGAUGGUGGCAACAAAAUCAGGUGCUUCAUCAUGGAGGACAGGGGCUACCUGGUGGCGCACCCCACCCUCAUCGACCCCAAGGGCCACGCGCCCGUGGAGCAGCAGCACAUCACGCACAAGGAGCCCCUGGUCGCCAAUGACAUCCUGAACCACCCCAACUUUGUCAAGAAGAAUCUGUGCAACAGCUUCAGCGACCGAACAGUGCAGAGAUUCUACAAGUUCAACACCAGCCUGGCGGGGGAUCUGACGAACCUGGUCCACGGCAGCCACUGCUCCAAGUACAGACUGGCGCGGAUCCCGGGCACCAACGCGUUCGUGGGCAUCGUCAACGAAACGUGCGACUCUCUCGCCUUCUGCGCCUGCAGCAUGGUGGACCGGCUCUGUCUCAACUGCCACCGAAUGGAGCAAAAUGAGUGUGAAUGUCCCUGUGAGUGCCCCCUGGAGGUGAACGAGUGUACCGGCAACCUCACCAACGCGGAGAACCGAAACCCGAGCUGUGAGGUCCACCAGGAGCCAGUGACGUACACCGCCAUGGACCCGGGCCUCCAGGACAGUCUGCCCCAGUGUGUCAACAGCCGGUGCGGCCAGAGGCUGGAGAGCGGGGACUGCUUUGGUGUGCUGGAUUGUGAAUGGUGCAUGGUGGACAGCGACGGGAAGACUCACCUGGACAAAUCCUACUGCGCCCCCCAGAAGGAAUGCUUCGGUGGCGUUGUGGGAGCCAAAAGUCCUUACAUCGACGACGUGGGAGCAAUCGGGGACGAGGUGGUCACCUUGAACAUGAUCAAAAGCGCCCCCGUGGGCCCCGUGGCCGGGGGCAUCAUGGGCUGCGUCAUGGUCCUGGUCCUGGCCGUGUACGCCUACCGCCACCAGAUCCACCGGCGCAGCCACCAGAGCAUGUCUCCGCUGGCCGCCCAAGAAAUGUCGGUGCGAAUGUCCAACCUGGAGAACGACCGAGAUGAAAGGGACGACGACAGCCACGAAGACCGAGGCAUCAUCAGCAACACCCGCUUCAUCGCCGCCGUCAUCGAGCGGCACGCACACAGCCCUGAGAGGAGGCGUCGCUACUGGGGGCGCUCGGGGACCGAGAGCGACCACGGCUACAGCACCAUGAGCCCGCAGGAGGACAGCGAGAACGCGCCGUGCAACAGCGACCCCUUGUCGGCGGGGGUGGACGUGGGCAACCACGAGGAGGACUUGGACCUGGACACGCCGCCGCAGACGGCCGCCCUGCUCAGCCACAAGUACCACCACUACCGCCUGCACCACCCCACGGUGCACCACAGCCAUCACCUGCAGGCGGCCGUGACGGUGCACACGGUGGACGCGGAGUGUUAGCGCCCCCAGCGGGCGCCGGGAGCAUCGUCCCGCCGGGGCCGCAGCCGGGUCCAGGGCCAAGAGACGCGCUACCCUCCCGGCGGGGGGGCCCCAGGUUCUGAGCCCAGAGAGGCCACCAGCCCCCUGGCACCCCCGCACGGAGGGGCACCCCAGACGGACGCUGCUGCAGGAGACAGCGGCUCAGCCCAGCUGCGCCCCCGGAGUGCUCCAAGCAAGGGGAAGCGUCAGCGCCCCCAGCCCCCCUGAAACCUGCCCUCCCGGGGCUGAAGGUUGGUGCAUGCCCCUUGCAGCAUCCCUGCACCCCACGUGCUGUUUGGAACUCGUGUUAAGCUCGAAAUGACGCAUCUCGAAAUUUCUAAGUAAAGGAUUAUUUUUCUACUAUUUAUUGAACUUUCACUCUCAAGACUUGGGGGGGGGGCGGCGGAAGGCUGCACGCAGUGGUCCCGCCCAUCUCCCCGUACCCCCGCAGGGACCCCGCGUGGUUCCGAGUGUGACGAUGUGAUGAUUAACCUGUGUCCCCCUGGCCACCCACCCAACCCACCCGUCUCGCCCCACGGCCUGCCCCGCACCGUGGGGACGUUCGAACGCUCACUCCGCUCCUCCUUAAACGUUUGAGUCCAUUUUCUCCAGACCAUUUUGCUAAACUCAUGCAAACACCGUUUUGGCUAAAUGAGGUUUUGUUUUUUUUUUUUUUUGGUCUUCGUCAGAGGUGGGGAAGGGCCAAGAAGCCCAAGUUUUUUGUUGUGAUUUUAAUUUUGUUUUGUUUAAAGGAACGUCUGUUUCUUUUAAAAUCUCAUUUCCACUCGCCUUCCAACUCUUUGCUUGGGUUUCCACGAAACCUAAUAUUGUAAUAACGUCCCCCCUCCCACCCAGCCUUCCAGCUCAGGGAGACUGGGGCGCAUUCUCCAGGCGUUAGAGACUUCUAAAGGGUCAAAUGGCCCAUGUUGAUUCUGAGAAUGUUGAACGCGACCGGGAAGUUUUUAAAAUUUGAAACUUAGAUUCUUAAAGAUUUCUUUUGAAAUCGUAGCUGAAAGCUGCUGCCAUUUAAUCCCAGAAGUUCCCGACCCCCGCUGCUUUGUGAAGGUGUGCAGAGGGGGACGGAGUCCGUGCCGUGGGCAUUGUAAUUUUAAAGUAGUGUUUUCAUUACAGUGAUGUAUCCUAGAUUCACACCUUGUGGUUCAAAUAUGUUAUAAAGACCUUCUUGCACCGUGUGUGUGGUAAAUCGCUGUUUCUAUGUAGUUGGGGUGGGGGAGGGAAGUCACUGAAUAAUAUUUUAAUGGUAGGGUAUUACCGUAUCAUGUAAAAAACAAUUGGUUUCUCGGCAGUACAGGAAGUCAGCUGUGUGCUCUCAGAAACCCCUUCCUACUAUGUAUAAAAUUUCAGUCUAGUGAAAUAAACUAUGAACG